GAGAGAGAGAGAGGGGCAAAGCCGCGGGAGAGGAGAAGGAGAAGUGCAUUACUUUACUGCACCGCGUGCAUGAACGCAAGAAAAACAAAACAACGACGACGACAUUUAAGUGCAUCGGAAUAAAAACAGAGAGAGACCGGGCCGAGAUCCGCUCGGUCUGCUCGGUUCUAGCGUAGACGGACAGGCUUCGGGGAAACUUAUGCGCUUUAGCUGCUUCUUCUGCGCUUUGCACCGCUCCGCUCGGCUCCGCUCGGCUCCGGAUCCCCGAACGCUUCACCUGAUCCGCACACUCGGCGUUCAGAUGCCCUGGAGUUGCAUUGUUCGCAGAUAAUACAGACCUGGCAUCAAGAUGAGAGCUCAAAUUGAGGUGAUACCUUGUAAGAUCUGUGGGGAUAAAUCAUCAGGUAUUCAUUAUGGAGUCAUCACCUGUGAGGGGUGCAAGGGUUUCUUCCGCCGCAGUCAGCAGAACAACGCCAUGUACUCGUGUUCUCGGCAGAGGAACUGCCUGAUCGACCGCACCAACCGCAACCGCUGCCAGCACUGCCGUCUGCAGAAGUGCCUGGCACUCGGCAUGAGCCGUGAUGCUGUGAAGUUCGGCCGCAUGUCCAAAAAGCAGCGGGACAGCCUGUACGCAGAGGUGCAGAAGCACCAGCAGUCUCAGGAGCGGGCCGGGGGCACUGGGGCCGUCUCUUUGCCCCCCCGUGGGGGAGAUGAAGUUGGAGAAAAUGGUAACGGUGGGCACGGACGAGCAUACAGCCGCAGCAGCUCCAGCACGGCCCUCAGCGACCUGGACGACAUCGGAGCGCUGCCGGACAGCCUGCUGUUCGACCUGCCGCUCACACCAGAGGGCGCCGGAGAGUACUGCAGCCUGGAGAUGCUGGGGGGCAGCAGGGGCAGCAGCUCCUCCUCUCAGAGCUCCCCCGAACAGAGCGGACAGGAGUUCAACGAUACACCCCACAUCAAGCAUGAGUACGAGCUGCUCCACGAGACCGGCAUGUACACACACUCUCCGCUCAGCGGCCAGCCUGACGGAUGCUCCCUGCUGGAGAUAGAGCGUAUCACCCAGAGUGUGGUGAAAUCCCACAUCGAGACGAGUCAGUACAGCCCCGAGGAACUGAAACGGCUCACCUGGAACUUCUACUCAGCUGAGGAGACUCGCACCUACCAGAACAAGCCCACGGAGGUGAUGUGGCAGCAGUGUGCGGUUCACCUCACAAACGCCAUCCAGUACGUGGUGGAGUUCGCCAAGCGCAUCACCGGCUUCAUGGAUCUGUGUCAAAACGACCAGAUCAUCCUCCUCAAAGCAGGCUGUCUGGACGUGUUGCUGAUCCGGAUGUGUCGAGUUUAUAACCCCCUCAACCACACCCUGCUGUUUGAUGGGAAGUUUGCGAGCCCUCAGCUCUUUAAAGCGCUCGGCUGUGAUGACCUGGUGAAUGCUGUGUAUGAACUGGCCAAGUCCAUGAGCCGCCUGCAGCUCACCGAGGAGGAGAUGGCCCUCUUCAGCGCCGCCGUCCUCCUCUCUCCAGACCGACCAUGGCUUACGGAUAGCCAGCGGGUACAGAGGCUUCAGGAGAAAGUCUACCUGGCACUGCAGCACUGCCUGAACAGAGGGGGCACCUCAGAGGAGAAACUGACCAAGAUGGUGGCUAAGCUGCCCAUGAUGAAGUCAAUUUGCAACCUUCACAUUGACAAACUGGAGUUUUUUCGCCUGCUUCACCCCGAAAUGGCCUACAGUUUCCCUCCGCUCUACCGGGAAGUGUUUGGCAGUGAAAUCACCUUCCCCGACUCCACUGAGGGCUAGAGCCAGGCCAGCCCUCCAACUGGUGCUUGAGAGAGAGAGAGAGAGAGAGAGAGCAAAAGAAAGUUAGGAAUACAGAAAGAAAGAAAGAUGUAGGGAUAAAAUGAGAGAGGGGUGGUAGAUUUGAAGCGUCAUAGGCAGACCAGCAGCUCACUGACAAUCAUGCACGCAACACUUUGGGACUCCAAAUCCCACAAUCCCUUUCCUCAGACUCCCUCCAAAAGGAGUUACUGGCACUAGCGCGUAAGCAGGUCCAUGUUUUUCGGACUUUUAUUUUGCAAUUUUACACCAGUUGACACAGGAAGCGCCAUGUAGUCUUACCUGCUUUAACAGAGCGACAGGAGAACGUUUAAUUUUAGCCGGAGCUCGAAUCUCCAUAAAAAUGAAGUACCUAGUACAGCGGAUUGGGACGCGACCGCCUCUUUCAGUUCUCUUUAGAGAAUCUUAAUGAAUGUACCUUAGUGGAUGUGUGGCACAGCCUCAGGAACGAGACGGAAUGUAUUAUGUGUAUUUGUCCUGUAAAAAUGUGCUUUUAAGGCUUGGUUUGAGUUUAGCAGCGCCCCAUCAUCAGCACCUCAUCACUAAACAAAACGGAGGGACCAACAGCAAGCAGACUUCGUAGUUGUUUUUAGCAUUCAAGCAUGCUGAUCAGGGUCCGUCAGUCUGUUUCUGCCACGCGUGCACAUAGCUGUAGCACAUCCCUAAGUGUACAGUGAUCUUGUGCUGCGCCUAUGCAUGAUUUUCUACAGGGCUGCAUGCAGACAGUGUUUCCAAGGUUGUUAUUUUGACCUUUUUUUAAAUAUAAAUUUAAAAUAAACCUCAGUCCCACCACCCUUUCCCCUGAAAAUGCCACUCUAGAAUGAAAGAGAAAGUAUUUUAUUAAUAUUUUUCUGCAAUUAAAAUAGAUGAUACAGAGAUUUAUUUAGAAUAAUAGAAGCUUUUGAAUAUAUAUAUACAUAUAUAUAUAUAUAUAUAUAUUUAUAUGCCAUAAAUAUAUCAUAAACAUACGUUAAGGUAAACAGAUAGAAAGACAAGGACCUAUUGAGAGAGCGAGAAAGAUGCACCAUAAAAGAAUGAAUGUUCUCAACACCCCUCAAAGACUGCCUGAUUUCAUUUUAUUUUGUUUUAUAAGAAGCAUCCUGGCUCGAGCUGAAUGACUGAGACGGAAAGCUUUGGAUUUCAAGGCAGGCGGACAGCACUUACGGACUUUGAAAAACCUCCAAAUGUGCGAACUUGACCCUCUGAACUGGCUCUUCCCUCAGCCUACAUGUCACUCAGGAUGGAAAGACUCCACAGUGCACACUCGGGUUUUCUAAAAACUGGACAGUGCUGUUGCCCUGCCGGGGAAGGAAAGCUGGAAGGCCCGCUCUUCCUCACUCUGCAAGUGUGUGCCACAGCCAUUGCUCUGAAAACUGCAUUGAAUUUACUCGACUCGAGUGUGGACAUCAGUGAUCUUCCACCCUGGUCCUGAGAGCUGCCUUCCUGUACAGUUCAGUUCCAGCCUGUAAGCUGCACCACCCCUUACUUAACCCUAAUACCAGGGUUCCAACAGGGACUGGGGAAGAGGUUGAUUAGCUGGAGCAGGUGUGGCAAAUUGUGGUGGGAACUGGGGGCUCUGCAGGAAGGUGGAUCUCCAGGAUAAGAGUUGAAAAAUACUGGUGUACAUCAUUUCUACAUGAAUAAAACACUUAAAAACUGAACAAUGAGACAGAAUCUUAUAUUUUAGCUGAUGAUUAUAUAUAUAUAUAUAUAUAAAUUUUAAUGCAUUUAAUUCAUGUAGAAAUGAAUGAAGCUGAAUGCAGUAAAUUCAGUGCACUGCUUUAGUCGCUGUGGGCUGUAGCAGCAGCUGGGGGGUCAUUUUGGAGGCACCUUGGAGAUUAUGGAGAGGAAGUGGAAGGGAGGAGAUUUGUGUUAUAAGAGACAACAAACGGUCCGAUUGCAGCGACCCAACCUGAACUGUGCGGGAAACGGAAAUGGGACUUUUCUUUGGAAAUCUUAGUGUCCAGCCUAUUCCUCUCAUCCCUGCAGAGAUACUGUGGACAUUUCUUGGUUCUCUGCAGCGAAGCUGACGUGGAAGCGAAUGCUCAGUGUUAAGUGGUGUGAUUUGUUCCUCUCCUGACCUGUCUUGACCUUUUCCCUGCUCUCCUUCCCCCAACGCAGUGACUAACUCCACAUAGCUAUGACACACUUUUGGCUCAGCAGAGCCAGCAGCUGCCCCCUGAGUAAGGGACUACUACGGUUAAAGUGUAUAUUCUAUUUUUCAUACUUUUGCAGAGCAAACCGAAGGACGAAACUAAUGUGUCUAUUUUGCGCAGAUGUAUUUUUCCACUAUGGGGCGUUAAGCUCUGGAGGAAAGGACCGGUAGGAUGGGACAUGUAGCCGACAGCUCACGUUUUCAUCUGCUCAUCUCCACUGUGCUAAGACUUGGCCUGAGUGAAGGCAGGAAGUCCGUACUCGCUGUAGCAGAUUAGCAUCGGACUCUGGGGAGCUUGGUGGGGCCGGAAAAGUGUUUUAUCAGAAGAGCCUUGCUGUCCAGAUCCAGUACAGAACACUUUUUUUUGUUUGAUUGUUGUUGUUGUUGUUGUUUUUAUUUUUUCUGUAGCAUUGUACAAACAGGUCAGUCUGAGAAGCUGACUGCUUCUGCCGUUGUAACCGUUAACAUUUAGCAAAAACACUUCACUUCUGCCGUGUUUCCGCACUGCUGGAACAGUGCUCAUCUCGGUCCAGGCCCAACACUUGCUGUAAACCUUUUAUACACACACACACACACACACACACACACACACACACACACACACAUACACACACAUAUAUAUAUAUAUAACACUUCUUUGGUUCUACAACACUUCUCUAGGUGCAUAAAGGAAUUUUCCAAUGUUUUUUCCCCUCAGAUAUUUUCCAGUUUUCACUGUUUUUGAGGAAUAUAUGCUUCUAAAGUACAGUACAAUGCAAAUAUGAGCUCUUUUAGCUUUCCACAGGACAAUUUGCUGUUAUUUGCAUCUUGAAAGUGCUAAAAAAAAACUGAAUGCAUCCAUUUCUAUACACCAUCAUAUCCCAGUUUCCUCCCUUUCUAAGGAAUAAGUAACCAAAGUUAAUAGGACAAGAGCACCAGCUGUCAAACUUAUAGUUGCUAUUACAGUGAACAUUUGAACAAUGAAUAUUUAAUAUUCAUAAA